GCGGGAGUACAUAGCGCCCCCUGGCCGCCGGAGGAGCGCUGGACCGUGCUGUGUGCUCAGUGUCAGGCCGGAGGGGGCUCCGUGUACCCGGGGAGAGCGAUGCGCUGAGUCCCCGAUGGGCUCCCCGGCACCGUGAUGGCCGCAGAGCCCGGAGCAGCAGGCGCCAUGGAGGCCGAGCUGUACUUCCUGAUCGCCCGCUUUCUGCAGUCGGGACCGUGCCGGAGAUCGGCUCAGGCGCUGGCGGAGGAGUUGGAGGAGCAUCAGCUGAUACCGGAGCGCCUGGACUGGCAGGGGAGCCGGCACCGCAGGACGUACCCGGACCUGGUGGCUGACAACUCUCAUAUUCCUCCUGACUACCUGCUGAAGAUCUGUGAGCGCAUUGGACCCAUCCUAGAGCAGGAGAUCCCGCAGAGCGUCCCCGGGGUGCGCAGCCUGCUGGGGGUGGGGAAGCAGUCCCUCCUACGAAGAGCAAAAGAAUUUAAGAAUUCGUCAUGGAAACCAUCAGGAUACGCGGCUCUACACCGGGGCCGGCCCCCAGAACUGCCCGCCAACUACGGGAGGCCGCUCAGUAUUGUAAGAGUGGCCGCCUCCCGGGCGCUGACCGGCUGCACCCGCUUCCAGUACUUCUUCCCCUGCUCUUCUUAUCAGCACAUCAAAAUGCACAAGAGGAUUCUGGGUCACCUGUCGUCGGUCUACUGCGUGGCGUUUGACCGCAGUGGGAGGCGGAUCUUCACGGGCUCUGAUGACUGUUUAGUGAAGAUCUGGGCCACGGACGAUGGGCGACUCCUCUCCACACUGCGUGGCCACUCCGCCGAGAUCUCCGACAUGGCCGUCAACUAUGAGAACACCCUGAUAGCGGCCGGCAGUUGCGACAAGGUGGUGCGGGUCUGGUGUCUACGGACAUGCGCCCCGGUGGCCGUGCUGCAGGGUCACACGGCAUCCAUUACUUCCAUACAGUUUUGUCCGUCAACUAAAGGUAAAACCCGACACCUCACAUCCACGGGAGCUGACGGGACCAUCUGCUUCUGGCAGUGGAACGUGGACUCCAUGACGUUCAGCGAUCAGCCCCUGAAGUUCAUGGAGCGAUCCAGGCCGGGCGUCCAGAUCUCCUGCUCUUCCUUCAGCUCAGGUGGGAUGUUCAUAGCUACGGGCAGCACGGAUCACGUUAUAAGAGUGUAUUUCCUGGGCUCCGGAGAACCGGAGAAGAUCGCAGAGCUGGAGGCGCAUGUGGAUAAGGUGGUUGCCGUUCAGUUCUGCAAUAAUGGAGACCGUCUGAGCUUCGUCAGCGGCAGCAGGGAUGGCACGGCGCGGCUCUGGCAGUAUCAGCAGCAGGAAUGGAGGAUGGUUGUGCUGGACAUGAGCACCAGGAUGAGUGGGAGCAACGUGUCCAGCACCGAGGACAAAGGGACCAAGCUGAAGGUGACCAUGGUGGCCUGGGACCGCUCCGACACCACCGUCAUCACUGCCGUCAACAACUUCCUGCUGAAAGUGUGGCAUUCCCACAGCGGUCAGCUCCUCCACAUCUUAUCGGGUCACGAUGACGAGGUCUUCGUUCUGGAGGCGCACCCCUUCGACUCCCGGAUCCUGCUCUCCGCCGGACACGAUGGGAAUAUUUUUGUCUGGGAUCUGGAAAAGGGAACUAAGAUCCGGAAUUACUUUAACAUGAUUGAAGGUCAGGGACAUGGCGCCGUGUUUGACUGCAAGUUCUCUCCUGACGGGCAGCACUUCGCCUGCACGGACUCCCACGGGCACCUCCUGCUGUUCGGUUUUGGGUGCAGUAAAGCUUAUGAGAAGAUCCCUGAACAGAUGUUCUUCCACACGGACUUCCGGCCGCUGAUUCGAGACUCCAAUAACUACGUCCUGGAUGAGCAGACGCAGCAGGCCCCGCACAUCAUGCCUCCGCCCUUUCUGGUGGAUGUUGAUGGAAAUCCGCACCCGACGCGCUUCCAGCGCCUUGUCCCAGGGAGGGAGAACUGCAAAGACGAGCAGCUGAUCCCGCAGCUCGGAUACAUAUCCAAUGGUAAUGGAGACGUGGUGGAGCAGGUCAUCGGGCAGCAGACGGCCGACCACGAGGAAAGCGUCCUGGACGGUCUGAUCCGAGAGCUGCAGAGGUCGCAGGACCAUAGGCUGACCGAGGACGACCCGCCCAGGGACCUCGCGCUGUCCGUCAGCAGUGGAUUUGUCAGGAGUCAGAGUCAAGAUCUGUCAUCUCCACCUAAUGUUGGCCUGCGACGGAGCGGUCAGAUCGAAGGAGUCCGCCAAAUGCACGACAAUGCCCCGAGAAGCCAGAUGGCGACUGAGCGAGAUCUUAUCGCGUGGAGGAGGAGGGUGGUGGUGAAUGAGCUGCAUCCCGGUGUCAGCAGGGUGCUGGAGGAUUGCCGAUCUGCUAAGGGUGACAUGGAGGUACAUCUGUACAGCACAGAGAAGAGGAGGAAGCCGUUGCACCCAGCACAGAGGAGUGAACAUCAGGUGUGUAGUGGGCGUCCACUGCGGAGAGUCCAGAAGAAGCGCCCGCACACUUACCAGACCCGAUCCAACAUGGAGCACGAUUCUCAGACCAGCGCUGCUACAACCAAUGGGGAAGAUUCUCAUAGCUCUCCGGAGGAUGAGGAGUCGCGUCCGUCCAGCGAUGCGUCCGAUGGUGAAGCGGCUGCUCCAUGGCAAACCGAGAGCUCCUCCAGUGACACCUCCAGCGACUAUUCAGACUGGACGGCGGAUGCUGGAAUUAACCUCCAGCCCCCGAAAAGACAAACGCGGCAGACGACACGGAAGAUGUACAGCAGCUCUGAGGACGAGAAUCCCGCCAAGGAGGAGGAGCGGCAGCGGAAACGCAAGCAGACGCGGAGACGGGCUCUCACAAAGCAGAACGAGUUGGAGGGCGAUCCCAGUGAGGAGUGGAUUCCGCCCCAGUGGAUCCUGGACACCAUCCCACGCCGCUCCCCUUUCGUCCCUCAGAUGGGAGACGAGGUCAUCUAUUUCAAGCAGGGACACGAAGCGUACGUGCGCGCCGUGAAGAAGGCGAAAAUCUACAGCGUCAACAUGCAGAAACAGCCGUGGAACAAGACGGAGCUGAGGGAACAGGAGUUGUUGAAAGUUGUGGGCAUUAAAUACGAGGUGGGGCCCCCCACCCUCUGCUGCCUGAAGCUCGCCUUCCUCGACGCCACGUCCGGCCAGCUGAGCGGAGAGUCGUUCUCAGUCAAGUAUCACGAUAUGCCGGAUGUGAUUGACUUUCUCGUCCUCCAUCAGUUCUAUAAGGAAGCGAAGGAGCGGAACUGGCAGAUCGGAGAUCGCUUCCGCAGCAUCAUCGACGACGCCUGGUGGUUUGGGACUGUGGAGAGUCAGCAGCCCCUCCGGAUGGAGUACCCCGACAGUCUGUUCCAGUGCUACAGCGUCCACUGGGACAACAAUGAACGGGAAAACAUGAGCCCAUGGGACAUGGAGCCGAUCCCAGAAGAAAGUACGUGGAGUAUACAAUGA